AUGUCAUUUGGGGGCAAGUCCCAUGUCACCAAACUGUACAAUACAGGGGCGAUCGCACCAUCUUGCUAUCUUCCAAGUCACCAACAGAUUGCUGUACAGAUAACUAGUCAGCCAACAGCACAGUCUUUUAUAACUCCUGUGCACUCGAGACAACAGUCGAGUUUAUCACUUGCUAGCAGCAGUAGUAAUACAACUACUACGCGAAACAACAACAGCAACAGCAACAGCUACAACGAACAGCAGUCGUCGUAUUCCUCGUCUUCGUCGUCGGUCGUUCAUGGCGGCAGCGGAGUUCACUCGUCAUCAUCAGUAUCAUUGGAUAAAGCACGCGACCGAUCGACGUUCAAAGGGGUCUUGGACAAGGUCGUGGGCGGUUUUAAUGAUUUGCUAUCGAACAGCAAUGGACCCGUCUCGAACAAUAACGGCACAAACGAAACAAGCAGCACAAGUUUGAAAAAUCUGGAAAUAUCAACACCAUACAAUACACGUCAUUUAACACACGUUGGCUUUGAUGCACAUACGGGAGAGUUCACUGGCUUGCCUAGUAAUUGGAACGUCUUGCUCAAGCACAGUGGCAUCACGCGAACGGAACAAGAGCAGAAUCCUCAGGCGGUUAUCAAAGCCAUUGAGUUUUAUCAAGAGACGCAAGGAAGAGAUGAAGAGGCUGUAUGGCAAAAGAUACCCAACGGAACCAUUUCUUCUGCCAUGACCGCGACAAACAAGUCUAAACAGAGACUCGACAUGAACAAUGGUGGAUCCAUGGCAAAGCGGACAUCACGUCGUCUAUCAAGUAUCACCAGCUCAGACGAGUCUAAGAGGGAAUCUUUCAGGAAGAGCGUAGCGACCAUUAAUGAAACCUCUACUAUCUACGAGGAAACUACCACUACAAAGCCAAGUAGACCAGUGAGUCGACGACAAAGCGGUGUAAUCCAAGAACAACGCCAGUCGACCUACAGAUCUCGACCGGAGUCAAAGGCUUUUGACGACAAAGUCAGCGUAAGCAGCAGCAGCAACAGCGAUGCCACUGGCAGCAACAGCAGCAGCAAUACGAGCAAUAAUACAAGAAAUUCUGUGAGCGCGAAAUCCGAUAAACAACCCACGACGAGCAAUGUUGCAGCUGCCAAGCGUCGUCAACCCAAGCAAUCCACUGAAGAAUCCGAUGAGCUGAUGUGCAGAUUACGUGAAGUAUGUACGAGUGCAGAUCCAACCGAACUAUAUCAGGAUAUGAUCAAGAUUGGUCAAGGUGCAUCCGGUGGUGUGUACACUGCUCAUCGUGCGGGCAAAAAAGAAGUGCCUGUCGCUAUCAAACAAAUGAACUUGGACCAGCAACCCAAGAAAGAACUGAUCAUCAACGAAAUCAUGGUCAUGAAACAAUCAAUGCACCCCAAUAUUGUCAACUAUAUGGACUCGUAUCUCUGGAAAGGCGACCUUUGGGUGAUAAUGGAAUACAUGGAAGGUGGCAGUUUGACAGACGUGGUUACGUGUAACAUGAUGACAGAGGGCCAAAUUGCUGCGGUUUGUCGCGAAGUAUUAAAGGGCCUGCAUCACUUGCAUAUGAAUGAGGUGAUACAUCGUGAUAUCAAGAGUGAUAAUAUUUUGCUCAAUCUGGAAGGCAACAUUAAAUUAACCGAUUUCGGUUUUUGUGCACAAUUGAACGAAGGUCAAUCCAAGCGAACUACCAUGGUGGGAACGCCAUACUGGAUGGCGCCCGAAGUGGUUACUCGCAAAGAAUAUGGUCCUCAAGUCGACAUUUGGUCACUGGGUAUCAUGGCUAUCGAAAUGGUCGAAGGCGAACCGCCCUACUUGAACGAGAACCCAUUGCGUGCAUUGUAUCUGAUUGCAACAAACGGUACACCUCAACUUCAGAAUCCAGAGUCGCUUAGCGAAACAUUCCGGGACUUUUUGUUGCAAUGUCUGGAAGUCGAUCCCGAACAACGGCCGUCUGCAGAAACAAUGCUUGGGCACAAGUUUUUGGAGUCUGCGGAUCCGUUGUGCUCUCUCACACCUUUGAUUGAAGCUGCUCGUGAACAGGCCAAUGGCGGUGGUCAAGCAUAG